AUGGCUCCUCAAAACGUUGGCAUCAAAGCCAUUGAAAUCUACUUUCCCAGCCGAUAUGUAACCCAAUCCGACCUGGAGAAGUUCCUUGGUGCCAGUACUGGAAAAUAUACCAUCGGACUAGGACAGACGAACAUGAGCUUCUGUGACGACCGUGAGGACCUCUACUCCCUCGCCUUAACAGCCGUCUCCUCCCUCCUCCAAAAGUACACCAUCGAGCCAAACACCGUUGGCCGCCUAGAAGUAGGCACAGAAUCAAUGCUCGACAAAGCCAAAUCCUGCAAAUCAGUGCUAAUGCAAUUAUUCCCCACAAACCCCGACAUCGAAGGCGCGGACACCUACAACGCCUGCUACGGCGGCACAAACGCCUUCCUCAACGCCGUGCACUGGAUCGAGUCAUCUUCCUGGGACGGCCGCGAUGCUAUAGUUGUCAUGUCCGAUAUAGCUCUCUACAAAACGCCGGCGGCGCGGCCUACAGGUGGCGCCGGGUGUAUCGCCAUGCUGAUUGGGGCUGAUGCGCCGAUUGUGUUGGAGCCGGUACGGGCAUCCUAUAUGCGGCAUACAUAUGAUUUCUAUAAGCCUGAUUUCAAGACGGAGUAUCCGCUUGUUGAUGGGCAUUACUCGUCUAGGUGUUAUUUGCAGGCGCUUGAUGGGUGUUACCAGCGGUAUUGGGAGAAGAAGAAGAAGAAGGGUGCGAGUGAGAAUGGAGUUGAUGGGGAUGUGUUGGAUAUGCCGUUGGAUGAGUUUGACUACUUUGUGUUUCAUGCACCGAAUUGCAAGCUUGUUUCCAAGUCUUAUGCGCGGUUGAUGUACAAUGACUCGGUGGCGGAUAAGAAGAAUCCUCUUUUCGGGGAGGACGUUGUACCCAUUGCUAUUCGGGAACAAACUUAUGAAGGGUCCCUUGAUGACAAGAGUCUUGAAAAAUUCUUCAUUGGAUUGUCUCGUGAGAGAUUCAACCACCGCGUGCAGCCUAGCCUGACCGUCCCGACUAUGUGCGGGAACAUGUACACCGCUGGUGUAUAUUCGGGGCUGGUCAGCUUGCUCAGCAACACGCCCAGCGAGAGCCUCAUCAACAGCCGUGUGGGGGUGUUCAGCUUUGGAAGUGGAUUGGCGAGCACCCUGUUCAGCUUGCGAGUUGUUGGUGAUGUGAGUGGCAUUGCGGCUAAGAUCGACUUGCAUGCGCGGCUGGCUAGCCGGGAUAGGGUUUCCUCCGAAUUUUACGAUGAGAUGUGCCGUGCCCGCGAACAAGCCUAUCAGCAGAAGAAUUACACUCCCACUGGGAGCAUUGAGGCUCUUGCGUCCGGAACCUACUAUCUCUCGCAUGUGGACGAGAAAUUCCGACGAAGCUACGCGGUUAGAGAGUAA